GUUAGAUGGCCAAAUAACCUUGACUUAUAAAAGUGUAAUCAAUAAUAAAUAAAUUAGAUUCGUUGUAAAAACCAAAACGUUAUCAAUAAUACUACUCGUAUUUAUUUAAAAAAGGAUUAGCUUCAAUAAAAAUCGGGUUAUCUCAACUUUUUGUCAACGAAUUCUGUAUUUUUUAAGCGUUUGAACCUUGAAACGUGUUAUGACAUCCUUAACGAGUUCAUAGUGAAAUGUUUAACAAAACCAUACCUUUUUUAACAAUUAAAUUGGUCCAAUUUCAGUGCGUAAGAUGUUCGAGUGUGUUCAACGUCGAAACGGCGUUAAGCGAAGUAAACAUCCGGAAUACAGUGGCGAAACUGAAGAACAUGACACCGAUCAAAAUGCGAUCUGUUGAACCGACCAAAAAGGCGGCAGUUUUAAUUCCCGUUUGUAUGAUCGAAGGAAAACUUUCGUUAUUGUAUACUUUAAGAACUUUACAAAUACGGAGUCACCGCGGUCAAGUGAGUUUUCCAGGUGGAAAACAAGACGUUGGGGAAAGUUUGGAAGAAACUGCUUUACGCGAAACUAAAGAAGAACUUGGAAUUGGAGAUGAAAAUGUGAGGAUUUGGGGAUCUGGGAAUUUGAUGGUGGCUAGAGAUGUUUAUAUAUUACCGGUUGUGGGGCAAAUUAACAUUCAUAUGGAUGAUAAUUAUCCGGGGAUUAAUAGGGAAGAAGUCGAGGAAGUUUUUACGGUUCCCAUUGAGGUUUUAUGUGAUCCCAGGAAAGCUGGAUUUACGCAGUUCAAAAAUCAAAUUUCUUUGCCGGUUUAUUUCGGGGGGAAAAGAAAGAUUUGGGGAAUAACCGCGGUUAUUACACAUAUGUUUUUAAGGUCGUUUUUGCCAUCUAAUUUCUAUAAAAGCCCUAUAAAGUAUGUACAACCUAUUUAAGUGAUAUAAACCGAAUUAAACAAAUUUAUUUAUUUUUUUAAUUAUUAAAUUAUGGCAAUAAUGUUGUGUACUUACUAUAAAUAUAGAAUAAUCAAUAUAA